AUGCGUUUGGUAUUCAGGCACAAAGAUAAUAAUGCACCUGAAAGUAUCGACCGAUGUUUUAUAGCAAUACAAUCCUUAAAGUGUCUCAACAUUUUCACCUCUAAGCACAAGCAAACUAUGGUAAUUGAUCUCUACCGUACAUGCAACUCUGGUACAUUCUAUUGUACUUUUGUUAGGAGGAGUGGGUACAAUAAGCACACGAGAGUUUCUGGAUACGAUGGUGUGGUUUGGUUGACAGUAAGCAGCAAGAAAAACGAAAGACACAGUCAACCAAUCGCAGCAUUGUACCAGGAAAUCUUGAGGAAAAAGAAAACUAACGGGGAAAUUGAUGAGAGCAAAUUUGAGACGAGGUGGACAUCGGGAGUGGAGAAGAGCAGGGUCCAUCAGAGAACCAGAGUUUUCUCGACAUGCAUGAUGAUGAUGGUAACAGGAUACACCAGCAUUUGGCUGUGGUUACCUUAUAUAGAUAGCAUCAAGGUGUUUUUUAUAAGGAUAAGGUGGUGGUGGUGGUGGUGGUGGUGGUGGUAUCUAAGCAUCUGCGAUAAUGCGCAACGGCACCAAAACUCCUUUUCUCCAAUGCCACAAAACGGGAAUCUAGAAACGAAAGACCUUAAGCUCGUUUACAGUGAUAGAAAUUUUCAAUAUACAGAAUGCGCGUCAAGACAAUUGCUUGCCAUUCAAUUUAUAGAUUUCUUCAAAGUGUAUCUUCAUUUCUAA